CGCCCCCCUCAGUCUCAUUUUCACCCCCCAAAAGAAUAAUAAUCUCUUUUUCUUUAAGAUUCUUCGGCUGUACUUGCGGAAGAAAGAAUCAAGGGUGGCUUUGUAUGGGGAUGUGGGAACACUGAUAUGUAAGCACAGAGUAUCUUGAUUGCAGAAUAUGGUGUAAAAUCACUAACCUAAUAAGAUAACACAACAAUCAGUAUAUAUUACAAUGGCAACCGAAAGCCCCAUUAGAAUAUUCGAAGGCACAGAGAGAUGGCGAAACCUCAAGCAGUCGACCAACAUAUACGAACCAUUGUACCUUAAAGAUCAAAGGUUUCAACAAAGCUUCGAAAAAGAUGACGUCAUCCCAUGCCGGAGCGGAAGUGCACCGCCAAACAUGGAAGGUUCUUUGGCGGCCAUCGAAAACAUGCUUUCCCACCGGAAAUUGAUUCUGGACCAGAGGUUUGGUGGGCCCCACAGCUUGUCGGAAAGCCGUAUUGUGUUUCAACCAAGUGUUGGUUCUGGCCUUGCUUCGCACGAGGAAGAAUCUGAAGAUGACCAGUCGUCUGAAAAGAGCGGGCCUCAUUCUGUGGAGAAAGCUGCUUUGUCGGGUUAUAAUAAUAGUCGCUCGUUCGAAUCGAUUCAGGGAGGUUCUUACCACUUAUCUACGGAAGAAAAGUUUGUUACAAAUAUCUCACCGGUCGAGGGUAAAGUGGGAAUAGUAACUUUGGCACCUAAAUAUAAAAAAGACUCCGAUGCUGUAAAAGAUGUCGACACUGCCAAUAUCGAGGCUGUAAAGAGUGCCAAUGCAUUUACAGCUUCAAAUUCAGAGACGAGCAAUCUUUACAACAAUAAAGACCAUCUUACCCCUCGAAACAGCGUGCCACAUCAGCAAGCGGCCCCACAAGAAUGCACUACUUCUCGACUUCAGGGCCCUCACUCAUCUCAGAUUAUUUAUCCAUACGGUAAUUUGAACCAGAGUGUUUCGAUGGCAGAGGUUCAAACAAUACACCAAUUUGCACCCCCGUUGUAUGCUAAUGCAGCUGCUUAUAUGACAUCAGCAACCCCAUUCUAUCCUAGUCAGCCGCCGGCCGGUUACUUUGCCCCGCAAUACAAUUAUAACUCGACCGUUUUACCCUCGUAUGUACCUGGAUAUCACCACCCCCAUCAAAGUGCUGUGCCUGUAGCUUUUAACAAUUACGACCCGCAAAAUGUGAUGAAGUUUUACGGUCAAGUUGGAGUUCCGUUUCAACCUCCUGUGCAUAUGCAGUAUUUUCAACCGCAUGUGCGUGGUUCUUAUGGUGGUCCUGCGAACCAGGUGAAUUAUCUGGACUCGAAAAACAGGGCAGAGUUUUUAGGUGGUGCGGCCUUCAAUAACAGUGUGAAUAUCAAACGAGGGAAUAUGCCGAGUCAUUAUUUUCUUGGAAGCCCGACUAAUGCGGGCCCUUCGGUGCAGAUUCAUCAUGGAGGGAGAUAUAAUACGGGCCUUCCUCAUUCUUCGAGUGGGAACGUUAUUAAGACUAAUGGGCAAAAUCAGAGUUGGAAUAACAUGACUCCGAUUUCCUUUCUUGAUGAGUUGAAAUCCGGUCAAGGUCGAAGAUUUGAGCUUUCUGAUAUAACGGGACAUAUUGUUGAAUUCAGUGUCGAUCAACACGGAAGUCGAUUCAUUCAGCAGAAGUUGGAGACUUGCAGUGUCGAAGAGAAAGCAUCCGUUUUUAAGGAAGUUGUCCCUCACGCUUCGAAGCUAAUAAUCGAUGUUUUCGGAAACUACGUUAUUCAGAAGCUUUUCGAAUACGGAAGCCCGGACCAAAGAAAGUACCUUGCAACUCAACUCGAAGGUCAAAUCCUGCCCUUGAGUUUCCAGAUGUACGGUUGUCGUGUAAUUCAAAAGGCUCUUGAAGUAAUCGAAGUGGAACAGAAGGCGAGGCUGGUUAGAGAGCUGGAUGGACACGUGCUGAGAUGUGUUCGUGAUCAAAACGGGAAUCAUGUUAUACAAAAAUGCAUAGAGUGUAUUCCUACAGAUAGAAUUCAUUUCGUACUUUCUGCUUUUCAUGGCCAAGUUGCCUCACUUUCGAUGCAUCCUUACGGCUGUAGGGUCAUACAGAGGAUCUUGGAGCGUUGUAAUGAUGAUAUCCUGACACAGUUCAUAGUGGACGAGAUUUUGGAUUCGGUUUGCUCUCUUGCUCAAGAUCAGUAUGGCAACUAUGUUACACAGCAUGUGUUGGAGAGGGGAAAACCUCUUGAAAGGAGUGAAAUAAUACGCAAACUAGCCGGAUCUGUAGUGCAGCUGAGUCAGCAUAAGUUCGCAUCAAACGUUGUUGAAAAAUGUCUCGAGUAUAGUGAUUCCACUACACGAGGAAUGCUGCUGAAGGAGAUUAUUGGUCAUGGUGAAAAAAACGAUAAUCUAUUGGUUAUGAUGAAGGACCAGUAUGCAAAUUAUGUCAUACAGAAGAUUCUAGAAAAAUGUUCUAGUGAUCAGCGUGAAGUAUUGCUCGGUCUAAUAAGAAACCAUCUCACCGCUUUAAAGAAAUAUACGUACGGUAAACACAUUGUCGCCCGAUUUGAACAGCUAUAUGGAGAAGAUCUCGGAUGUGAUUGCUCUUCUCCGAAAAUAAAACCACCAGAAAUUGACACAUGAGAAGCUAUUGUUGUUGCUUCGACUUUCGAAUUCUUCAGAAAAAAAACUGAUUCCUCCGACAUUGAAAGAUGUUAGUUCCAAUUGGCCUUCGAGGUAUCUUCCAAAAGUCCCGACGUUUUGGGAGAUUCUUGUGUAGAUUAUUGCAAUUAUGUAUAGUUUUUUUUUUAGAAAAAUGCACAAGGUAAAAAAUGUUAAUUCUGCACAAUCUGUAAUUUGUAGGGUGCCUUAUUAUUAACUCAGUCUGUUUGUGACUUUAUUUAUACUUCGAAUUCUUUGUGAAAGAUUUCUCAGUUCUUUAAAUUUACCUAGUCCGUUGA